AUGGGAAUGGGGACUCAGCAGCAGGGAAAGAAGCAGGGACACCUGUUGGAACUUAUUGAUGAGGAUGUCCAGUCGGUCAACGCAAUCGAGACUAAGUUAAAGAUGAGCAGGUCCGUAGAGGGACCAGAACAUGGAGAGCAUGCCAGCAAGAGGCAGAAGAAGGAUACGAGUCAUAGCAUAUUGGAGAAUGUGAGUCCAGAAGAGUUCAGGCAGUACCAUAAGGCCAAGGACAGAGUACGAGAGUUUUACAAGGAACAGCAUGAAAUGCAAACUAUGGCGUACAAUCUGCAAGCGAGGAUCAAUUAUAAGACGAAAAUAAGGGCCAAGAUGACUGUAUGGGAAGCACUUGUUAAACUUAGUAAGCUAAUCGAUGAGUCCGACCCCGAUACGGAACUGUCACAGAUCGAGCAUGCGAUCCAGACGGCUGAGGCAAUCAGAAGAGACAAUAAACCAAGAUGGAUGCAGCUGGUCGGACUAAUACAUGAUCUGGGGAAGAUUCUGUAUUUCUUCGAUAGCGAGGGCCAAUGGGAUGUUGUGGGCGAUACAUUUCCGGUUGGUUGCAAAUUUGUGGAUGAUAUAAUCUUUAGUGAAUUCUUUGAGGGCAAUCCAGACAAUUCUCAUCCUAUCUACUCGACCAAGUUUGGGAUCUACGAGCCGAACUGUGGGCUUAGCUCGAUUCUUAUCUCGUGGGGACACGAUGAAUAUAUGUAUUAUGUCGCGAAAAGUCAGUCAACUCUGAAUGAAAAGGCUCUAGCAAUGAUUCGAUAUCAUUCCUUCUACCCAUGGCAUCGUGAGGGAGCCUAUAGAUACUUGAUGAAGGAGCGUGAUUACGAACUGCUGGAAGCAGUGCAGGAAUUUAACAAAUACGAUCUCUACUCGAAGAGUCUGAAGAAAUAUGACAUCGAAAAAUUGAAACCAUACUACCUUGCAUUAAUCGACGAAUUCUUCCCCGAGAAAUAUGUGGAAUUUUAA